UACCUACCAUCUUUACCUUUUCCAAUCGGGAGAAAGCCAAAAAAGAAAGCAACCACCGUCGGGGUAGUGGGAAAAGUCUCGUUUUUUAUAGACCGAACUGCUCGAAAAUUCCGGUCCCCUUCAAAAACCAAUACCGGCAAGCCUUCUUUGAAUCACCCCCAAAAUUCCCAAAUCUCCGCAUCUACAAGAUUGAUUGACUGAUUGGUUCUCUAGGAUGAUCAUUGCGCGUGACUGUUGAUUUCUCGUUCCGUGUUUCCGGAUUUAGGGUUUGUUUUCCCCCCGGAUUAGGGUUUAUUUUUCGUGAUGGGCGAGGAGGGUUCAGUGUUUGCCGUGGGCGAUGGAUUUCCUCCUGAUGAUUUUGAAUUUGAAGACGACGACGAGGAUCUCACUAUUGACAUCGAAACGAUUUAUCGGAUCCUAGAUGAGAAGCCCGAUUCUGCUGAGGGUAGCCAAGAUAAUUCAUCUCCAGCUGCUGACGAGCUCAAGAAUUCACACUCGCAAAAUGGAACUCAGAUGGUUGACUGGUUACCUUCUCGGGAUUCAUUUAACUUCACAUUUGAUGACCAUGUGAAAGUUGACCCUGGCCUUAGUCCUUCACCUGCUCGUACUUGCUCUGCAAGUCUUAAAGAUUGGUUUCCGGUGAGCCAGGAUGGGCAUCCUGUCGAAACAUGCGGAGUAGCUCAUUCUGAGAUGACUAGUAGUGUAUCGUCUGGUUCCAUGGACAGAUGCAAUACUUGUUUCUCUGACCAUGCUGGCAACGUCUCCUUCCAUCCCGUGAACUCUAACGUUGACACUUUAUCCAAGCAGGAUGACAUGAUAACUGAUUCCAAAUUGGCGUCGUGCAGCCCCACAACUUUUUUCGAGGAAGUUCCUGGAUAUGGAGCUGCUCAUAAUUCAUCCACCAUGUCUGGUUUUUGUUCUGAGUCCAAUACUCUCAGCGACGGUACGGAUAACUGUCUCUCUUCUGCACCAAAUUGCUACAACACAAGUGCAUCGUCAUCAGAACAUGCCCCCAAUUUUGUCCAGAAUUUUGCGUUUCAGUUCUUUCCCAAUAAAGAAGAAGCUGUAAAUGAUGCUGAUAGUGGAGUGAGUGAGUGUCAGUCGGAUGAUGCCAGCCGGAUGGUUUUUGAUAGACACGGGAGAGUAGAUAACAGAUCUUUAGACAGGAAACCUGCGGUUGAUUUCUCCAGUGAAAGAGGGAUCAGUUUCAAGUAUGAAAGUAAUCCUUCAUUUUCUCUUCCCUGUGGCAAACCUUACAAUAGUUUUGACAGUCACUUAGCUGAUUAUGACGUUGACCGGCCUGGUAAUUGUUCAAGCAGUUUUCAGGGUAAUAAAGCUGCCCGUGUGAAGGUUAAGCCAGAGGCUGAAUCAGAGAAAGUGGUUUACGGUUCAGUUCGGAAGGAAGAAAGUAUUAUGGACCCUGUUUAUGCACCUGGGGAAACCAGCCAUUGGUGGUCUGGUGCAUCUGGCUGUUCAGUGUCCUAUCAAACAGAUAUUGAAGAAGGAUUCGCAUUUACGGCACAUCAAACUAGUUUCCCUAGUCAAGACAGUGGCAAUUCCAAUAAAUUUUAUGAUUCAAAUGCAUGUUUGCAAUAUGUUGCAGCAGAUCCGAGCCCAGCGACACAGAUCAAUGGGUAUUUAAGCUCUCCGACACAACAAGGAACCCAUGAACAUAUUCAACCAAGGAGCAGUGAUUAUAAUUUCUUAAAUGGAAGCUUUGAAUCAGUUCAAAUUGUUUCUUCAGAAUAUAUAUCUGACAGUGAUGAUGAUUCUGACGUCUGCAUAAUAGAAACUAAUGGUCAAUCUGCAAACCCAUAUCGACCUCUAGCUAUGAAAAGUCCGGUGGUUUCUUCACAAUAUUCUUCUAGUGCUCAUACUUUUAAUCAACCUGGAGGCACGAGGCUCCAGUCCAACAAAGAAAAUAUGAUCUAUCAAGCUGCAUUGCAGGAUCUCUCUCUGCCUAAUGCUGAAGCAAGUCUUCCUGAUGGUGUCUUGGCAGUUCCGCUUAUGAGACAUCAGCGAAUUGCAUUGUCAUGGAUGGCCAAUAAGGAGACAACUUGCUUCCCCUGUUCGGGAGGAAUUCUUGCAGAUGAUCAGGGACUUGGGAAGACAAUUUCCACCAUAGCACUCAUACUAAAGGAACGGUCUACACCUUCCCGAGUAUGUGAAGAGAGUAUCAAGAAAGAAUUUUUUGACUUAGAAAGCGAGGGUGGGGAAUGUGCGUCCUCAAAACCCAAUGGAAGGAGCGAGGAAGUUGUUGGAAAUAGUGUGGGUAAGGUGAAGGGAAGGCCAGCUGCUGGAACGCUUGUUGUCUGUCCCACUAGUGUUAUGCGUCAGUGGGGUGAUGAAUUAUGCAAGAAGGUAACUAGUGAAGCGAAUCUCUCUGUACUUGUAUACCAUGGGCCCAGCAGAACAAAGGAUCCUCAUGAGUUGGCUAAAUAUGAUGUUGUGGUUACUACAUAUUCUAUCGUGAGCAUGGAAGUGCCAAAGCAGCCUCUUGUUGAUGAUGAGGAUGAAGAGAAGGAUGAUGUACAUAAUGGUGAAGGUGCAGCUGCUGGCCUUUGCCCAAACAAGAAAAGGAAAUAUCCUCCCGAUUCUCAAAAGAAGGGCUCCAAGAAGAAGAAACGGCUUGAUCACGCAUCGGUUGAGGCUCAGUCGGGCCCUCUUGCGAAAGUUUCCUGGUUCAGAGUUGUUCUGGAUGAGGCACAGAGCAUUAAGAAUCACAAGACCCAAGUUGCAAGAGCAUGCUGGGGCCUUCGUGCCAAACGGAGGUGGUGUCUGUCUGGUACUCCAAUCCAGAAUUCAAUCGAUGAUCUCUACAGCUACUUCCGGUUUCUCAGAUAUGAUCCUUAUUCUUCCUACGUUUUGUUCUGUAACUCAAUUAAGAACCCUGUAGCUAAGACCCCGGUGAAAGGAUAUCAGAAGCUGCAGGCUAUCCUUAAAACAGUGAUGCUUCGCCGAACUAAAGGUUCGCUUAUUGACGGGAAACCCAUAGUCUCUUUACCUCCGAAGUCCAUUGAGUUGAGAAAAGUUGAAUUCACUGAGGAGGAACGUGAUUUCUACUCCAACUUAGAGCACACAUCUCGUGAUCAAUUCCAGGAAUAUAAAGAAGCCGGGACAGUAAAGCAAAAUUAUGUAAAUAUUUUGUUGAUGCUCUUGCGUCUUCGCCAAGCUUGUGAUCACCCUCUUCUCGUGAAAGGUGAAUACAAUUUUACUUGGGAAUCCUCGCUCGGAUUAGCUAAGAAGGAGAAUUUAUCAGAAGCUUCGUUGCAAAUUUGUGGUAUCUGCAAUGAUUCACCUGAGGAUGCUGUUGUGUCAGUCUGUGGUCACGUUUUCUGUAAGCAGUGCUUUUAUGAGUGCCUUACGGGCGAUACUAAUCUAUGCCCGAAUGAAAACUGCAAUGCCAGACUUGCUGCUGUGCCUUCCAUGCAUGAUAGUGCCACUUCAGUUCAAGUCGAGACAGUUGUCCCUUGUUCCGAAGGUCUUCCAUAUGAGUCAUCUAAAAUCAAGGCUGCUCUGGAGAUCUUACAGUCACUUGCCAGACCGCAGGAUUCGACAGAUAUGAAUCAGAUCUCUCAAAAAUCAGAAAAGGCCAUUUGUUUUUCUCAGUGGACAAAGAUGCUGGACCUACUUGAAGCUUCUCUUAUAAGAUCGCGUAUUCAGUAUAGAAGGCUCGAUGGAACAAUGUCAGUUGCUGCUCGAGAUAAAGCAGUGCAGGAUUUCAACACUCUCCCUGAGGUUACUGUAAUGAUCAUGUCACUCAAGGCUGCUAGUCUCGGACUUAACAUGGUAGCAGCGUGUCAUGUUCUAAUGCUAGACUUGUGGUGGAACCCAACAACCGAGGAUCAGGCUAUCGAUAGAGCACAUCGCAUAGGACAGACAAGACCAGUAACAGUGGUUCGAUUCACAGUAAAAGACACAGUCGAAGAUCGAAUAUUAGCCCUUCAGCAAAAGAAGAGAAUGAUGGUAGCCUCUGCAUUUGGUGAAGAUGAAAAGGGAAGCAGACAGUCUCAUCUCACCGUGGAGGACUUGAACUAUCUGUUUAUGGCAGAUUAAUGAGAGCUCUUUUUGACCAGUGCAUGGGUAUAUAUGAUAGGUUCGUUCGUUCUUUGGUCUUUGUACAGGUAUGGGAAUUUGAAAAUAGGAACAACUGAAUUUGAUUAAUUACUAUUCUAUUUAGACUUUUAGGUAUUGCGAUGAAGAUAUUAAGAGUCCUUUGCUUUUGAAUCACUCAUUGUAAGAAUACAUUUUGAUUGGUCCGUCAGGUUAAUUAUAGCUUUUACUUCUUUAUA